AAAAUAGCCUUCCUUCGAACAACAAUAUAAAGCACAAGCAAGCGCUGCAAAGACUCCAAACACAUUGAGAAGCAGUUGAAGAAAAAACAACCUUAUUAAAUAAAUAAAAAUCUCCUCUUCUUCUCUCUUGCGAUACAAAUGACAACAUCAAAGAGGCUAGCAGACAGGAAAGUGCAGAAGUUUGAGAAGAACAUCAAAAAGAGGGGUGCAGUGCCUGAGUCGGCCGUAAAGAAAGGAAGUUCUUACCCUAUGGGACCAAUCGCCAUUGGAUUCUUCAUCUUUGUCGUCAUCGGAUCCUCAUUGUUCCAGAUAAUUAGAACAGCCACAAGUGGAGGCAUGGCAUAAGUGAUGAAUUACGCUUUUGACAGUUCCUUGGCUUUGGAAAUGCAAUGCUUUGCUGUUGUCAUGGUUAUGUUCAAGUUUGUGUAAUGUUGGUUAGGAAUACUGUUGUUUUGUGACAAGAGUUUGUAAUGUUUAUUUAAUUAUGUGUUUAAUAUUACAAUUCAGUUACUUCCUAUAUUUUGUGAAUCUGAACAAUGUGAACACUAACGAUCGACUCAAUUAAUACUAGUCUAUUAGUUCC